AUGACCACCAACAUGAUCCCGACCCUUCCUGUGCUUGGCGUGGACGACAUAGAGCGCCAUGCCUUCACUGCCCUCAUGGAACAAUUCCGCGAAAACAAGCGAAACACAAUCGAUGCCGUAGCGGAGGCUCCCCUCCUUGUGUCCUUCAAAAGAGACCCCAGGCCGACCGAUCUCGACAUCAAGUUGCUCUCCGAGGGGCUCGGUCCUGGAGCGGAAUACACAGUCGCAGAAUGGUUCAAGCGAAGCCGAGUGCGUGCGGGGGUCGACGUCGGCGUCAAGCAGUGGUGCGCCAACUUCAAGGCAUCCUCCAUCCUCUUCCGUGAACCUGUCUCCAUUCGGGGAGCGGAAGCGCUCCUGUUUUACAUGUACGACGUCUCCGGCUUCCAGUGCCCCAGCGAGGAGCAAAUCGAGGCCAUAUCCCGCCUGACCCGGCGGACGACGGAUUCCCUGCGCACGUAUUUUCAAGAGCGUCGCGCCAAGGAUCCUAGGCUCGCGAAACUUACGGAGGCCGAAUGGGAUGCCCGCUUCGCGCCGUUGCCGUCACGCGCCGAGAAGGACACCCAACUGCAGGAUGAACUGUGGAAAGCAGUUUGGCACGCGCAGCUGGAUAGCGCUGACGAUCACUUGAAGCUCGCCGUCAAAUACGGUGUGAGAGCGGAGGAACUCGGAAUACAGAUAGAAGAAACACGCCGCUAUGAUGCGUACAUUGUAAGCAAUCAGUGA